CCUUCAUCAUGGCAUACCUACACUUAAUCCCACCUUCCUGAUUUUAUGAAUAGCAAAUCGCGAGCUUAAUCAAGUCAGUCCUCAAACUGGGUACCAUGUCGAGCCAUGGAAUCCCUCGGACAGCCACUCGCGAAGAACGGACCGAGGAAUCACGACAGAAGGAACUCAAUGCGAUCACCCAGUAUCAGCGACUUGUAGAGGAAGUCAACACGAAGGUCAAAGAGCAGGAGUUCACGCCAGCCGUGCUGCAAAAGACUGCCGAACUGCUCAAAAAGAACCCCGAGUACUACACGAUCUGGAACCACCGCCGGCGCAUCUACGUCAAUGAAUUUCACGAUCUCGAGAAAGAUGUCGCUUCUGGCAAGAUCACCGACGAGACCAGAAUCAGUAACGUGCUGGACAUCAUACAGCUGGACUUGCAAUUCUUGUUCCCCCUGCUACUCAAAUUCCCCAAGUGCUAUUGGAUAUGGAAUCAUCGAUUAUGGCUUCUACAGCAGUCCACGGCGCUGCUUCCCCCCAAACAGGCCCGAAAUCUAUGGGAAGAAGAGCUUGGUUUGGUGGGGAAAAUGCUCAGUCGCGACAGCAGAAACUUCCACGGCUGGGACUAUCGACGAAUUGUGGUGAGCAGUCUUGAAAGCUCAGCGUUGCAAGGUCAAAGUAUGUCACGAUCCGAACUUGAGUACACCAAGAAAAUGAUUGGAACGAAUCUUUCCAAUUUCUCCGCCUGGCACAACCGGACCAAGCUCAUUUUGAAGAUACUGGAUGAGGAAAAUGCCACGGACGAAGACAGGCAAAAGGUGCUCGAUGAAGAGCUUGAAUUGAUUCACAAAGCCUUGUUCGAUCCCUUUGAUCAGUCAUUAUGGUUCUACCAUCAGAACUUGAUGUGUACAUUUGACCCGGACCAGGCAUCAAAGAGCAUGGCGCCAAACCUCAAUACCGAAGAGCGACUGAGAUAUAUCAGUGUCGAGCGAGAAUAUAUUGAAGAGGUGCUGGAAGAUUCCGAAGACUGUCAGUGGGCAUAUAAAGCCUUGAUCGAAUGUGUGCUAUUGGAAGCCAAAUUGAACAAAGGGCUGAGAGAAGCCGACAAGCAGAAGAUACUGGGCUGGUUGAAGGAGCUCAAGGCGCGUGACCCUCUGAGGUUGGGAAGAUGGGUAGAUAUGGAGCAGUCUCUUGUGAAAGACCUGUAGAAAUCUGUGGAUCGACGCGAACAAUUUGCCGGCAUCACCGGG